AUGAACCGCAUCAUUGUGUUGCUGCUUUUCGGUCUUACUGUGUACGUGCAAGUGUUACGUGCCCAGGAGGACGAUCCGGUCACAAUGGAACCGGCACCACCAGACGUUCGUGUUGUCGUAUCGCACCUGUGUCACUUCAAAAAACCGCUCCAAGAUCCGACCGACGUCGAUGGAGAUCAGUAUUGCGAUUGUGAUGUACAUAAUUCGGCUACCGGGCUGCCGGAGAUUCAGAUCGAUUGUAAGCGGCAUCAGCUAGGGGAUGACUUCUGGCAGGACUAUGAACAGUUACCGCAGGGUACAAUCCGGCUCGAUCUAUCGCUCAACGGGCUAACGGUCGUGCCCCGCCUUAGUGGGGAGAAGCUUCGCUAUCUGAACGUCGGACACAACCAGAUAGCGACCAUUCCCGAUAAGGUGUUUGUCAAUGUGUCGCAGCUGGAGGAACUGGAUCUAAGCAGUAAUCGUAUCGAAACGCUCACAACAGACGCUUUGGGCGGGCUUUCGAAGCUCAAGAAGCUCGAUUUGAGCGGGAAUCUUAUCGGUUCGAUCGAGGUGAAUGCAUUUUCGAACGCACUGCAGCUCAGACAUCUCAUUCUCUCGAACAAUUCGCUCGGUACAUUCUUCAAUCGGACCGAGGCUGACCUUUACCUGCGUCUCGGCGUCACAAAUAGGUUGGAAAUUCUGGAAAUGCAAAGAUGUAACCUCACGAGCAUUAAUCUGGCUAGUGGCGUUGGUCUCGAACGUGCCCUGCUUGGAUACAAUCGGAUACAGCAACUAACUAAGCUUCCGAAGCAGCUCUCCUACCUUGACCUCAGUGGAACACCGAUUCGGAGCAUCCCAGCAAAGUUCCUGCCACAUCUACUCCAUCUCGAAUCGCUCAUCCUGCAAGACAUGCCCAUCCUCUACACACUGGAGGAGUACGCCCUCUACGGACUACCCCGACUGUCCAUGCUUAAUCUGCAAGGCUCCCGUAACCUCUCCUCCAUCCAUCCGCACGUGUUCGGUCAGAACGUUGUCCGCAACGAAACCGACACCGAGCUGAAGCGUCUCAUCCUGAAGGGUACCAACAUCCGAACGCUCAACUCCACGCUACAGUUUGCGUUCGAAAAUCUGCGUCUGCUAGACAUCCGUGGUGCUCCGUUGCGUUGUGACUGUCAGUUGCGUUGGUUGCGUGAACUGCCCAACCUGAUGACACUCGGUGUCUGUGUCAAACCGAACGCACUGCGUGACAAACGAUUCGGUACGGUUGAACCACAUCAAUUCCAAUGCCGUGCGGAACAGUUUUGGAUCUACACCGUGUUUAAUGUGCUGUUGGCGAUCCUGUUGAUAGUGCUUGUGUCAAUCGGUAUCUUCCUGAUCGUGAGAGCUAUACGGCCCAAACCACACGUGCAGAUGCGGAUGGUUGGAGCCACGAGUCCGUAUGCUCGUGUUACGAUCGAACCGAACCGAGCAGAAGUGGUGUAGAUAGUGGCG